CUCUGAAGCAUCGUCAUGAACCUGUGGCUCAGCGCUUUGCUCUUUGCUUCACUGCUUCUGAGCAGCUCAGCUCAGACACCUGAAGAAUGCCAGCCACUGGUUUCACCCGUCUCUCUGGCUGACCCGUCCGUGUUGUACGGAGUAAAGCAUUUUCUUGUGGGCUACACAGAUCAACAGCUUCAUAAACCCAUGCUGAAGAUGAUCGACAGCACCUGGGUGAACGUCACAGAGUCGCCGGCGGGCAACACUCAGGUUGUCAUGCAAGAGAGGAACAAAAUUAAUGGAACCUGCGUGAGAUACAACGUUACUGUGACCAUAGCGGGCAACACCAUGAAACUCUCAGCUUUUAACAUGACCUCUGAGUUUCACGCGCUCCCAAGCUGUGACGGCUGCAUGGUCUACAUGAUAAACAGCACCACCAAAAACGCCAAACAUAUCCUCCGGCUCAUGCGGUUGCCCCAUGAAGACGUGCCUGAUGAAUUCAGUGCUCGUUCUCUGUACCUCUUAGGCAGAGGACAGACCCUGGCCGAGUCUGAUAUGCAGCAUUUCAAGAAGCAGGCGAGCUGCCUCGGCUUCUCCGGUGAACCAGACUUCAUCUACAAUACUGAGAAAAGUUUCUGCGGUGAAGACGAGGGCUUCAGAAGCAUCGUCAUGAACCUGUGGCUCAGCGCUUUGCUCUUUGCUUCGCUGCUUCUGAGCAGCUCAGCUCAGACAUCUGAAGAAUGCCAGCCACUGGUUUCACCCGUCUCUCUGGCUGACCCGUCCGUGUUGUACGGACGAAGGCAUUUUCUUGUGGGCUACACGGAUCAACAGUUUCAUAAAUCCAUCCUGAAGAUCACCGACAGCUCCUGGGCGAACGUUACCGCCUCGCCAGCGGGCAACACUCAGGUUUUCAUGGAUCAGAGUAACAGGAUGAAUGGAACCUGCAUGAGAUACAGCUAUGAUGGGAAGAUUGAGGGCAACACCAUAAAAUUCUCAGUUUUUAAUGGGACCUCUGAGUCCUACGUGCUCCCAAGCUGUGAUGGCUGCAUAGUCUUCAUGAUGAACAGCACCACCAAAAACGCCAAAAAUAUCCUUCGGCUCAUGCGGUUGCCCCAUGAAGACGUGCCUGACCAAUUCAGUGCUCGUUCUCUGUACCUCUUAGGCAGAGGACAGACCCUGGCCAAGUCUGAUAUGGAGCAUUUCAAGAAGCAGGCGAGCUGCCUCGGCUUCUCCGGUGAACCAGACUUCAUCUACAAUACUGAGAAAAGUUUUUGCGGUGAAGACGAGGGCAUCAGGUUGCCACAUUCUGCAUAGAUGAGAUGUUUAUGAGGAUGCCAUCCACCUGCAGCAUAUGUGUCUCUUAAGACAGAAAAAUAUGUGAAACGGCAAAGAAAAUAAAACUGAUCAAA